CUCGCGCAGGGUUCUCCGAGCCUCUCCGGGUCCCGGACCCCUGCCCCAGGUCCCCAGAGCGGCCCUGGGCAGGUCCCCUCGAGCCCCGCGGGCAUGCUCAGGCUCCUGGCGCUGCUGUUCCCGCUGCUGCCGCCGCCCGCGCGCGCCCGGGAGCUCUCCGCGCAGGACGUGAGCCUGGGAGUGGACUGGCUGACCCGCUAUGGCUAUCUGCCACCACCCCACCCUGCCCAAGCCCAGCUGCAGAGCCCUGAAAAGCUGAGGGAUGCUAUCAAGGUCAUGCAGAGGUUUGCCGGACUGCCUGAGACAGGCCUCCUGGACCCAGUGACGAUGGCCACUAUGCAGAGGCCCCGCUGCUCCCUGCCCGACAUGCUGGGGGUGGCGGAGCUGGUCAGGCGCCGCCGCCGGUACGCUCUGAGUGGCAGCACGUGGAGGAAGCGAACCCUGACGUGGAGGGUACGCUCCUUCCCGCAGAGCUCAGCACUGACCCAGGAGACGGUGCGGACCCUCAUGCACCAUGCCCUGGCCACCUGGGGCAUUGAGUCAGGCCUCAAAUUCCAGGAGCUGGUUUCUCAGGACCCAACAGAGCCUGACAUCCUCAUCGACUUUGCCCGGGCAUACCACCAGGACAGUUACCCCUUCGACGGGCAGGGAGGUACCCUAGCCCAUGCCUUCUUCCCCGGGGAACACCCCAUCUCUGGGGACACUCACUUUGAUGACGAGGAGACAUGGACUUAUGGGUCAAAAGAUGGUGAGGGGACUGACCUGUUUGCUGUGGCUGUCCAUGAGUUUGGCCACGCCCUGGGCCUGGGCCACUCCUCAGCACCCAACUCAAUUAUGAGGCCCUUUUACCAGGGCCCCGUGGGCGACCCCCACAAGUACCGCUUGUCCCAGGAUGACCGUGAAGGCCUGCAGCAGCUCUACGGGAAGGUGCCCCAAACCCCACAUGACAAGCCCACAAGGAAACCCCUGGCUCCUCCUCCCCCGCCCCCUGCCGUGCCCCCGGACAGCCCCUCUCUUCCCGUCCCUGACCGAUGUGGUGGCAAUUUUGACGCUGUCGCUAACAUCCGGGGUGAAAUCUUCUUCUUCAAAGGCCCCUGGUUCUGGCGCCUGCAGCCCUCGGGACAGCUGGUGUCCCCCCGGCCCGCCCGGCUCCACCGCUUCUGGGAGGGGCUGCCCGCCCAGGUCAAGGUCAUCCAGGCCGCCUACGCCCGGCAUCCGGACGGCCGCAUCCUCCUCUUCAGCGGCCCCCAGUUCUGGGUGUUCCAGGACCGGCAGCUGGAGGGCGCCCCGCGGCCGCUCACGGAGCUGGGGCUGCCGGCGGGAGAGGAGGCGGACGCCGUGUUCUCGUGGCCGCUGAACGGGAAGACCUACGUGAUCCGGGGCCAGCGCUACUGGCGCUACGACGAGGCGGCGGCGCGCCCGGACCCCGGCUACCCCCGCGACCUGAGUCUCUGGGAAGGGGCGCCUCACGCCCCGGACGAUGUCACCGUCAGCAACACAGGUGACACCUACUUCUUCAAGGGCGCCCACUACUGGCGCUUCCCCAAGGGCAGCGUCAAGGCCGAGCCCGAGGCCCCUCAACCCAUGGGCCCCAAGUGGCUGGACUGCCCGGCCCCCAGCGCUGGCCCACGCGCCCCCAGGCCCCCCAAGGCGACCCUGGAACCUGGGACCUGCGAUUGUUCGUGCGAGAUCAAUCACGCCUCAGGGCGGCCGUCGCUGUCCUUCCUGCUGUCCCUUCUGGCCGUGCUGGUGGGGGGCGUCGCCUCCCGUUAAGGGGGACGGGUCUCCCACGGCGGGUCUGGGUGUGUGUGUGUGUGUGUGUGAAUGGGGGGGGGUGUCGUCCUGAGUCGCCGCGGAGGCACAUCCUCUGUUCCCAGGGGCGGGACUCUGCGGGGACGCAGCUGGGAGCA